AUGUCUUUGGUGGCUAUAGGUGCUUGCUAUGUGGACACCAUUCUCACCACACCACAUUAUCCUAGCGAGGAUGACAAGCAAAGAGCCUCUAAUGUGACUCGCCGAAGGGGUGGCAACUGCCCCAACACUUUAGAAGUUCUCCAACAAUUGACAAAUGAAGAACUGGAAUUGAAUCUGAUAACAGUUUUACCGAAGAGAUCAUCGGUUGCAUCACAACAGAUUAUUUCCGAACUUGAGCCAGAUAUCCAUCUCGAUCACUGUAUUUUCAGGGAGCAAUUCGAGGAGCCGGCCUCGUGUUAUAUUAUCAAAAGCCUAUCAACCGGCAGCAGAACCAUUGUGACUUACAAUGAGCUUCCGGACAUGACUGUGGCGGAGUUUACCCAGGCAUUUAAUGACUUUUCUUGUGAGAAAACAUGGUUUCAUUUCGAGGGUCGAACACCGGACGUAACUCUUGGCUGUAUUCAAUACGUCCGACAGCGGUUUCCUCUUGCCCGUGUGAGUGUGGAAGUGGAAAGGCCAGGUCGACCGGGACUUCCUCAACUUGCACAAGAAGCAGACGUGGUGUUUUACUCCAAGGCGUGGGCACAGAGCUGUGGAUAUACAUCGACAGAGGAGUUCUUGCGACAGCAAUCAGUAGAAACCCAAGGCCCAUCAUUGCUGUGCUGUACCUGGGGCGAAGACGGAGCAGGUGCCUUGAUGACAGACAAGGAACGUUUUACCCACGUGGCUGCUCAAACUACAGAGAACUUUCGUGUGGUGGACCCAAUCGGUGCUGGCGAUACGUUCAUUGCUGGAAUGCUGUAUGCCUUGAACUGCAAACCCCAGUGGGAUCUUAGAAGGCAGCUCGAGUUUGCAAAUCAUAUUGCUGGCUUGAAAGUAUCUCAGGAAGGAUUUUCGGGACUAAACCGGGCAUUAGGCUGUUAUGAUUAA